AUUGUGCAACUGAUAGUGAAUAAAAAAAAGAGAAAGAAAAUGAAAGAGAAGCUUCGCUUGGUCAUUUUGUCUUAAUUUAGCACUAUUUUAAUCAAUAUUUUUUAAUUUAUGGAUUAUAGAUAUCUAUUUACAUUGUAAAACAUAAAAAAUAUCAAUAUUUAAUUGUUGAAAAUAUAUUUAAAUUUUGUUUUAUCAAUCUACUACAUCAAGAAUAUUGUGUUACUCUACAUUAUCAAACAAUCCAUAACAAGACGACAAUAACGUGUAGAUAAACAAAUGAUAAAACGAAAAUAUUUUAAUAAUAAUUAAAAUACAUUUCGUUUAAUAAUACUAAAGGUAUUUAUUAACAAUGAAUAAAAGUAAAAUAAAAAAACAAAAACAAGAAGAACAAGCAACAGACAAACUUAUUAUACUACAAAAUAAAAGUGUAUCAGAAUUGGUAUUAAGAAACAUGCCGAAUGAAGAUAAUAAAAAUGUGGUUGAUUAUCAAAGAAUUGUUGUACCACAAACAAUGAGAAGUAUAUAUUGGAAGUAUUUUGGUUUUCCAGCAACAGAAGAUAGUGAAAUUGUAACAAAACAUAAAAUUGUUUGUUUAAUAUGUAGAACACAAAUUGCAUAUAAUAAAAAUACAAGUAAUUUACGUAUGCAUUUACAAAAUAAACAUAAUCAAGAAUUAAUGCAAUUAGAAUUAGAAACACCACCAAAAAAAGUUGUAUUAUCACAACCAACAAAAGAAAAACGUGCACAAAAAAGAUUAUUAAAAGCAAAUUCUUCUCAACAACAACAACAGCAACAACAACAACAUCAACAUCAACAACAACAUGUGUAUACAGCAAAUCUUGAUGGUACAUUACAUGUUGAUAAUGAUUACCAAUAUAUUGACCAAAAUGCUAUUGCUAAUUUUGAUGAUAAUAUGAUUGAUCAACCAGUUAAUGUUGUUAUGAAAAAUUCAUUAAAUGAUACUACAACAAGUACAAGUAAUCAUCAAAAUGUUGAAUUUAUUAUGACUGAUGAUAUACAAUUAAAAUCAAAUAAUGAAGAAAAAACAAUAAUUGAUGCAAUAACAUCAUUUAUUGUAAUGGAUCUUCAAUUACCAGGUGUUAUUGAAGGACGUGGUUUUCAAAAAUUAAUAAAUACAAUUGGUGGUUGUGAUAUACAAUUACCAACAAAAGAACAAAUUGAAGAAAAAAUAAUACCAACAAAAUGUGAAACAUAUAAAGAAAGAAUUAUCAAUGAUUUAUAUAAUAUUGAUAAUGAAAUUGGUUUAACAAUUGAAGAAUGGAAAUCAAAUACAAAUGAAUCAUUUUUUACAUUUUGUGUUUAUUAUCAAAAUCCAGAUGAAACAGUACUUGAAAUUAAAACAUUAAGUACAUUACAUGGACCAAUUGAUUGGGAUGAAAAUUCAUGGAAUAAUGCAUUUAAUUUAAUAAUAAAUGAAUGGAAUUUAAAGUUAGAUAAUAUAACAGCUGUUGUUGUUGCAACAACAAGAGAAGAAUUAAUGAUGGCAUUAAAAAAUCGUGGAUUAAAUGUUGUACCAUGUUUAUUAUAUACACUUGAACUUUGUGCUCAAACAUGUUUUUAUGAUCCUGAUGUUGAAAAAAUAUUACAAAAAUGUCGUGCAAUUAUUGGAAAUUUAACUUCUGAUCAUUCAGCAGCUGGAUCAUUAAAUUUACAAGAACAACUUGAACAAGAGUUAACAGUUAAUGGUUUAGUAAUGGAUUAUCCAUCAAUUUGGACAACAACAUAUAAUAUGUUAGAACAAAUAUCACUUAGACGUAAUAUAAUAACUUCAACAUUAUAUAAUAAUGAAGAUGAUAAUAUUGAACAUGAUGUACCAAUAAUAACAGAUGAUGAAUGGGAAAAAAUUGAUGAUCUUGUUAAUGUAUUACAAUAUUUCAAAGACACAAUAAUGACAUUAAGUGAAGUUAAAUUUCCAUUAAUGUCAUUGAUAAAACCAUUAUUAGGACAACUUGUUGAAACUUAUUUAAAACCACAACAUGAUGAUAAUAAUAAUACUAGAAAAUUUAAAGCAAAUUUAUCAAAAAAAUUAUUUGAACCAUAUAGAGAUACAUCUGUAUCAUCUUUAUUAAAAACAGCAACAACACUUGAUCCAAGAUUUAAACAAUUUACUCAUGAUAAUGAAGAUGAUAAAAAUUUAACAUUUAUACCAAUUAAAAAUAUGUUAAAAAUUAUUAUUCAAAAAGAUACAAUGAAUAAUAAUAAUGAUAGUAUUAAACAUGAAUGUGAACCACCAACUAAAAAAAAUCGUUUACAAUUAAUGUUUGGUGGUAUUGUAUCACCAAAAUCAACAAAAAUGUCAGUACAUGAAAAAGCUGAAUUAGAAUUACAACAAUAUCAAUCUGAAGAAUCUGCAUCACUUGAUAGUUGUCCAAUUCAAUGGUGGGCAAAUAAUAUAUCAAAAUGUCCAAAUUUAACUAAAUUAGCAAGAAAAUAUAAUUGUGUACCAGCUUGUUGUAUACCACCAUCAAGAAUAUUACCAGAAAUACAAAUUAUUUAUAAUACUCAACGUGCAAAUUUACCACCAAAUAUUGUUGAUAAACUUGUAUUUCUUCAUGGUAAUUAUGAUCAAGUAUCAAAUAUUAUUAUUUAAUUUAUAAUUAUAUAAUUAAUAAGCUUUUUAAAUAUCUAUUAGUGUAAAAAAAAAAAUAAUAAUGAUGUAUUCGUUAAAGUUUUUAAUACUAUUUCUUUUUUUUUUUUUUCUUUUAAUAUAAACAAUUAUUUUCAUUUAUUAUUUUCACGUAAAAUACAAGUACAAAUAAUGUUUAUCAAUAAAUAUUUUUAGCAUAUUGUGUAUCAAUUUGUACAAUUCAAAGGGUAACAAGAAAUAAAUUUAAAAAAAAAA